AUGAGAAGGGCGAGGGAGAGACCCUGGCCCCGCAGGGAAGAGACCCUGGCGGCGACCUGGGCCCCAGACCCUGGGCCCCCUGGGCCCGCGCCGGGGCAGGGAGAGACCCUGGGCCCCGCAAGGGAGAGACCCUGGGCCCGCCAGGGAGAGGGCCCCGCACCCCUGGGCCCCGGCAGGGAGAGACCCUGGGCCCCGCAGGAGAGAACCCUGGCCCCGCAGGGGAGAGACCCUAGGCCCCGCGGGAGACGAACCUCUGGGCCCGCGGGGGAGAGAACCAUCCCCGGGGAGACCCCUGGGCCCGCAGGGAGAGGGAGAGACCCUGGGCCCCGCGGAACAGAACCCUGGCCCGGGAGACACCCCUGGGCCCCGCAGGGAGAGACCCUGGGCCCCGCAGGGAGAGACCCUGGGCCCGCAGGGAGAGACCCUGGGCCCCGCAGGGAGAGACCCUGGGCCCCGCAGGGAGAGACCUGGCCCCGCAGGGAGAGACCUGGCCCCGCAGGGAGAGACGUCUGGGCCGCAGGGAGAGACCCUGGGCCCUGUAGUGGAGAGAACUGGGCCCGCGGGAGAAGACCAUGGGGCCGCAGGAGAGACCCUGGAGCCGCCGCGGCAUGUGUUGUACAGCAUAGAGGUGGGACCUACUAG